AGCCCCGCCUUCCCCCUGUCACACACGUCAGCUGGAGGGGUGUGCGGAGAAUUUAGAUGCAAAAUAAACAAGAUAGAUUUGGAUCGGGAGAGGAGCGAUCUCCUGUUACACUGCGUCGUGGAAGAAUAAAGGGUGAUUAAAGUGAUUGGAGCUAGUGGAACGCCGGGCCGUGUCACAAUGUCAUCAGAUCCCACCACUCCCACUCAGCCUCUCCACUCUCCUAAAUCUCCUGUCGCCACAUCAUAUCCCUUCCACAGGGAAGGCAGCAGACUGUGGGAAAGAAGUCACCUUUUUUUGGGGGACCUUCCUAGCCCCCUCCCAACCAAGAGGACACGGACAUAUUCAGCUACUGCACGUGCCUCUGCUGGACCCAUUUACAAAGGUGUCUGCAAACAGUUUUCACGUUCCCAAGGCCAUGGCUUUAUCACUCCAGAAAGUGGAACAGAAGAUAUAUUUGUGCACAUUUCUGAUAUUGAGGGAGAGUAUGUGCCAGUCGAGGGAGACGAAGUUACAUUCAAGAUGUGCCCGAUUCCACCCAAGAACCAGAAAUUUCAAGCUGUGGAGGUCAUCUUAACUCAUCUCUCCCCUCACACAAAGCAUGAGACAUGGUCAGGACAGAUCAUCAGCUCAUAGACUGUACCAGAACCUUUCAGAUAUGGUGGGGACCAAACGGGAUAUGAGAACUGCCAUGUUGCCCUCGUGUCUAUAGCUGCCAUAAAGUCACCAGAUCUUCUGGAAAGCUUGAGCCAGUGUAUACUGAUAUCUUUCUCAGUAUAUCAUCGCACUUUCAGUCCCAAAGAGAAAAGAAGUAGGACAGUAAGGACUGGUUCAAGCUAUCUGGAAAAUCUAGAGCAGCUUAACUUUAUACUCAUUUUGGUGCCAUUAUCACCACUAACUUGGUAUUGGGAGCCCAGUAUAUAAAAGUCUGUAGUUAUAAAUGAAUAAGGCUGUGACAAUGGCAGCAUGGCUGGCACAAGGCAAUUGUUCUGCACUUAUGGUUCCUUUAUGUGGGUUUUGCUUUUUGGAAAUCUCAUUUGAUGAAAAUAUCCAAAAGGCAAGUGUUUAUGGGGCUAAAAACCUGGUCACUUUCUCUUUCUUUCCUUAUCUCGAUAAAAUGCAUUUCUACACUUUGCAUCAUCACAAUGCCUUGUUGCUAGGACUGUGGGUUUAUGGAUACAAGUGGGUGUCUUUUCUUCCUGUCUUAUUUUUUUUUGCACUUUUAUUGUUCAGAUUUUCAUUUCUGACUUUGCAUGUCCCUUGCUGAUUUACAGAUACAAAGUGUAGCUGUUUUUUCAGUGGCUUGACUUAAUCAUCACCUGAACUUUGGAGAAGAAAUGUUUGUGUCACAUUACUGCAUAUUUUAUACUUUUGCAGAAAGUGUAUUGAUAUAAUAGAGUUCACGUGUUAGCAUGACGGAGGAGGCAUUGGCACUGCAUUUUACUUCCUGUGAGGCAAGAAAUUAUGGAAAUAGUAUUAACAGAAGCAUCGUGUAUAUAUAAUCUACACUGUGCUUGCUUACUUUGAAUUUGAAUUUUUUUUUAUUUUCUGUGUCAUACACUGGCACAGCAGGGCAAGUGAAUGCAAGAACAACCCUUGCAAGUUUAAUGAGUUCACUGCGGGGACAUCCCUUGCAAGUUAAAUGAGUCCGCUCCCAGCUGAUUAAACUUGCAAGGGCUUGUCCCUGCAUUCACCUAUCCUGCUGUGCCAGUGUACAUUUCUUUUAGUGUGUAUUGGAGGGUGCUGAUCCCUCCAGCACCAAGCACCGGGCUUACGUUUAUAGGAGGGGUAAGGCGUGCUGCUUACUUUUUUGUUUAAAACUUGGGCAUGGCAUAAAAACUCUUAGAGCAAAAUAAGAGCAAGGGGGCACAAGGGGACUUGCACUGAGAGGAGCCAUGAGAAUAUCACUGAAAGGCUGGUGACUAUUGCUCUAUUGUUGAUGGUCAGGGUCAGAGUUUGACUCAGUAUAAAAGAGGUAUAUACAACAUAUGAACCUAACCAUUGUUAAACUAUACAUUUGGAAGUCGUAGUUUCACAACAGCUGUAAGGUUGCAGGUUGGAUGCACCCCAUGGCCAGAAAGUACACACAGCAGAGUAUGAAGUUGCUGUAAUGUUACAACCAAUGCGCAGAUCCCUCAAUUUACACUCACUAUUGUGCUGGCCCCGUGGCUGCUGUGUGACACAGGCUUGAAUGUUUUGCCACGGCAGUUACAACCAGCAAAAGAACACCGGUGCCAGUCUUUUAUCCAAAAAUGAUCCUCCCAAGAAGUAUUGUUGUGUUGGAGAACAUUGUACCACAAUAUAAUAACAGCAACUCCCCUGCUCUGAUCCACAUUACAGAGUAACUGUCAGCAGCCUUACAAGCUAUCACUGGAUUUUGUGUAUUUUCAGUACUAAUCCACACUGCAGUGUCUUUGCUGCUUUAAAUGACUUAAAUGCUGGGUAGAAUAUCUUUGUAAAUAUUGUUUCUUGUAUAAGCUAAAAUGGUAUGCCUUUGGGGAUUAACACACAAUUAUAGCUGAAAGCAUUGAAAGGCUGUCUUGCACGCACUUCUAUAUAGAAAUCUUUCAUUGCCGAUCACACAGACUGAAAGACAUCCGACCCUUUGCACAGGCCUAUAGUCACUCUUCUUCAUCACUCUGCAGCCUGCAGCCUUUCUGCUUGAAUCAUUAUGAGAACAAAAAAAACAAAACACAUCAUACAGCCUCAAAUAAAGGGCCAGAUUCAAAUCAAUGAGAAAACUUUACUUCAUGGCUUUUCACAUGAAAACGUGGGUGAGAGUCAAUUCCAGGAAUAAAAAUGUUCCCAUAGACUUCAAUUUAGUUUUCAUGUUAUAAACAGUGAGAAGUUUUUCUCAUUUAAGUGCAUUUUUUCCAGAGCUGAAAGUCUUUCUCAUUUCAUUGAAUCUGGCCUAAAGUGUGAUUUGUUUUGUGUUGGAGUACUCUACCCACUGCUCCUUAAUAAAAAAAGAAACAUCUGGACAAAAUAAGUCAUGAAGCACCGAACAAGUAGAUCUUUCCAAUGUCCAGGUAGCACAACACUGUGCAAUACGCUUUCCCUUUCUAAGGCAAAUGGCUGUUCUGCCAUAUAAUGUUUAAGCCCCUUACUUCCAGGCAUAGAAUAUGUAUAUUUUAUAGACCGUUUUAUACUCAUAAGGGCGCGUUUACAAAAUGCAAAAUUAACACACAGCCCACUGUGUUUUUUACCCACUAUGCAGCAAUAUCCCCCAGAAACUCUGCAUAAUUGUGGGCUCCUGCAAGUAGUGUUUGCUGCAACUUGCAUGUGAUUUACCGGUGGGUUGCUCCAUUGUUUUGUGCUUUGUUCUCCACCUGAUGUUUGUUAAACCGAAAGGCAGUAUGGCUGUGGCAAAUGAAGUGGAAAUUAUUUUGAUUCAUUAACGAAUAGGCUUUUUUUCCCAUUUAACUUCAUUAGCUCAGUGCUCUGCUCAGUUGAGCUUUUUCUUUUUAUAAACUCCGUCAUGGAUACCAAAGCCAUAGUCCACAUAUUCUUUCUGUUACACUGGACCUGACCAACAGAAAAGAGGCUUACUGCCUAAAUCCUACCCUGUCUUUAAAAUACUGAAUGAGUUAAAGAGCAAUUAGAAACACUGGGUACAUUCAUUGGAUUGUGCUGUGUCAGCAUUCCGAGGGACCUCUUUGGCCAACGUUCAUUGUGUCUAUUAAAUCAUCCUAUUCCUUUAAUCCUGCAGAGUUCAUUCACAACCUUCCCACUUCCAUCUCUUCACAUUCAUCCAGGAAAUCCGUAUUUCACACUUAAUUAAUUUUUUUUGCCAUGGAUAUGAAAAUGACUGCUGCCAUGCAGAAAUAUGUUUCCAAAGCAACAGAUAAUCAUUUUAAAGUACUGAAAUUAAGGAUCAUUGGGCUGAAAGAAAAGUUGCCCAACUGUUGGAUUCGUAUCGCUAAAAGCCACCAAAGCUCACAUAAGAGUUGCCCAACUGUUGGAUUUGUAUCGCUAAAAGCCACCAAAGCUCACAUAAUCAAGAACUGUUGUUGGGGCUGGUGAGUGAAUCUUCAAUGACAUCAUAUACAAUGCUCCGCCCAGUAUAAAACAGAGCAGUGAUUGGGUGGGUGCAGCCACGUGUCUGGCAAGCCAACCUCGCAUCUGUUAAUGACUGUGUCAUACAGAAAGUGGCUACUUCAAAUGUUCAGACUUUUAAUAUUCCAUAUUUACCCCCCCAUGUAAUAAAAUACACUGUUUACCCAGGAGCAGUAACCCAUAGAAACCAAUAAUAUUUGAUUUUAAACAGGCGACCAGAAAAUGCUACCUGCUGAUUGGAUGCUACGGGUUACUGCUCCUGGGCAACCUGUCUUUUUAUUAUAUAACUCCCUUACUAUUAACUUUUCUCUACCAUUUCAGUUCUGGUGAAUAUAAUUUAACCUUUACCAGUUUUCAACUCCCAGAAAUAUAAAAAUGUUUUUCAAAGUUGCUAUAAUUUCUCUCUAUUGGGUUUCAAUGUGCUAUCUGCUGCUCACCUUGGGUAAAACAUUCUAAAGUUGUUAUGUAUGUGUCUGUGUUCAGAAGCUGGUAGUCUGUGUCUGGUUAAUUUAAGUCUGUGUGUUGGCAAUAAUAAAUAAAAUAAAAUAAAA